AUGAAAUUUAACACUCUGAAAACAUUAUGUAAGGAAUAGAAAAUAUUGAAGAAAACUAAUUGUAUAUAAAGAAAUAAGUAUAUAAAUAUUUCUUAUAAUAGAAUGAAUUAUUAGUUGCCUAAUGCAGUUUUAAGAUUGGAAGAAAACAAUUAAAAACUAAUUGAAAUGUGGUGGAUUUUGGAAAGUUAUUUGAGUAAUUAAAAGAACAGGCAUUAUAAUUCAUAGAUCAAACCUAAUUGUUUCUUCAUUAAUUAAAUCCCACUAUGA